UGCCGGCGUGCGAUAUAGCACGCACGCAAGCGCGCUCCGGUAACCUACUCCUGUCGCAAGGAACCCGACUCACCUGUGCCGUAGUCGAAUGCUGAAAAAUGUUUCAGUAAGGUCGUUGUUUUGUCCGGUAUCAAAGCUCUUCCAAGCAUUGAGAAGAGUCGACUAGCAUUAGCGUGCGUGAGUGGUGGUGGUGGUGGUGGUGGUGGUUGCUCCGAUGAAGCCUUCGACGUUUCGUCUUCCCCUUAUUUAUACUUUAAUUCGAUCUUCCGGAUUGUAAAGAUGUAAAUCGCAAGCAUGAGAACUGAAGGGUUGACAAGGGACCUGACAGGGAGAAGAGGAGAUCCUGCUUGAAUCAAUAGAAACCGGAGGUUCUUGAGGAGCUUGUCUCGAUUAUCUUCUUUUCGGUUUUCCAACUUCGAAAUCGGAUCGUCUAGGACGAAGUAAGAAGUUCGGUGCGACGGAGAUUUUCGUGGCGCCUGCGCUCGCUAUUAACCUGUCGCGAUGGGGAUCGAGCACGGAUGCAUUUCUCGCUGAUAUCGGCUCUUAUCAAGCGUGAUAAUAAAAGCGAGACUUGAGCAACGUUGAUGAUGCUCACGUCCGGGCAGGUCAGAUAAAGGUUCGACGCUGUUGCCGGUGGCGAAUGACCAACAACGUGAUUUACAAUCGUCGAAGAGAUGUCAGAGGGUAGACAGCCGUCGAAAGUAUUCUGGUCGAAGAGAGGGCUGGGAAAUCAGUUUUCGACGUCGUCCGCGGCGUCUUCGAAUUGUCGAGGAACCACCGGGUUGGGAUCAUGCGGGAGUGAAGAGGAAGGAUGCGGCUUGGAGCAGUGUUAAGUCGUGUUUCUGUUCGAUAUCCGGGUCGUGACGGAAGAUUAAACGGGACCUGGGUCCAGAGGCCGCAGGAUGUUGGCGGAAAUGGUGCGGCUUUCGUACCAACACCGGGCGUUCUACUGCUACGUGAUCCUCAGCGUCUGGAUAUUCCUGCUCGUCGCUGGAAUGUACAAGUACAUCGGCGUGGACGAAAAGAGUUCCAUGCAGACGAGAGUCCUGGGGAACGACAUACCGAUCAGGGAAUUUCCCAGAAAUCUGAAGGUCGACGUGAAAACUAAAAAGAUAUUUCGUUUCUGCAAUCCUCCGAAUGAAAUUACAGCCGAAACAGAAGGUAAAUUGGAUGGGAACUUAACUUUGGGAGGAAUUCUGGUGUUCGUGAGGCACGGAGACAGAGGACCACUGGCUCACAUCCGUAACAUAAGCAUAGUGAACUGCGGCGGAGAUUUCAAUUCCAUGCCCGAAUUGGAAACUCUCUAUCAGAACUACGUGAACUUCCUGCAAAAUGUCUCCAGCUACUCGAGGACCGCAUGGGCGCAGUUCCUGGGUCCCUUCCACGGUUUCCCGAUGCUGCCCAGCAACUCCAAAGACUGCAGGAUCGGGCAGCUGACGACGUUAGGCGUCGGCCAGCUGUUGAAGACCGGUACCAUACUCAGGAACGCCUAUUUCCACAAACUGAACCUAGGCAAUGGAACCAUAUCAAGCAAGGACAUCGUCGUGUACAGCACCAGAUACAGAAGAACCGUUCAAAGUGCUGUCGCGUUGCUGUACGCUCUGUUAGAGACUGAUAGCUUUCAGAACCUGGCGAAGAUCACCAUGCAGGAGAGCCAGAGUUAUGCGUUUUGCAACACUGACUGCGCCUGCCCUGCUGCCGAGAGGUUCUUCAAACAACACCUAAAGGAGAUGUCGGAUCAUUUGAAGUCCCAUCCAGCAGUGGGGGAGCUGAUACGCCAGGCUGCGAACGUGGUCUUCGAGAUGCCUGACCAGGUCCAGACGACUGAUCCGAACACUUUGAAGGACGCGUUGUUAACGUACAUCUGCCACGGAGCUACCGUGCCCUGUGUGGAAUUCGACACUCAGAGAUUGUGUGUGAAGACCGAACACGUGACGGGCUUGUUCGCCUACACUGAGUGGGAAUCGAAACAAGUGGCGAAGAGCAGCAGUCGCAGGAAGUAUGGGUUGCUGAGAGCCUACGGAUUGCUUCGAAGCAUCGUUUCUUACAUGCUACGUAUCAUGUCCGAAGCGAAACCGAAGAUAGUUCUGUACUCCGGGCACGACAAGACGUUGGAAUACCUCGCGACUGCUCUCGGGAUUUUCUCAGACAGACUGACCAUGCCGCAUUACGCUUCCCGUUUCGUAAUCGAAGUUUAUCGAAUAAACCCGAAGAACGAGAACCACGUGGCGAGCGACUUCUACUUCCGCGUGGUGAUCAACGGCAAGGACUUCACGCAGAAGAUUCCCUUCUGCAGGAACGCGAACUUCUACAGCGUCAGCUACAUCGAGCAACCGGAAAAGACGCGCAGGGACUCGAAAUUGUGCCCGAUCGAGACGAUCAUCAGGCAGUUACACGACGAUUACUUUGCGUCGUUCAACGCCACCAACUUUAAGGAUGCCUGUACCGCUCACAAACGCGGCUGAAUUUUUCCAUUGCUCCGUUGUUAAUUCGCUUGAACGUGAACAAACGAUCGGGAUUAAGCGAGGUCUGAAACGUUCCAAUCUGCAAAAGAAAGUAUUGAAAAUUUCUUACGACGAAUCCCACCGGGUUCCUUCGCUUUGUUACGGGAAUCUGUAAAUGAUAGUAAAAAUUUGCACCGUUUAAAUACUACGUCUUCGAGAAUAAGAGAAAAGCCUUACCUUCUUAGACUACGUUUCACAAAAUCGAAUUGUAGCUUUUAGAUACAUACGUAAUUAUAAAGCUAGAUGAUCGCUAUAUAUUUUAUCACACGUUUCACUGUAAAUAUGUAAAUAUCUUUUUAGCAAACGUUGCGUUCAGUCUUUUCAAUGUCGAGGAACUAUAGAGAACGAACGCGAUUCCCUGCUCCCCACCCGUCUUCGUACGUCGUUAAUUAGCAUUGUUUCCCUCGUUAACGUAAAAUUAGUUAUAUUUCCAACGGACCAGAAUCCCUCGUAACUGAAGUGCUGUUAAAACACACGUAUUCUAUUUAAAAGGAAAUUGCACCGUUUGAAAAAGACUAGCCGUACAGAUCAGUAUUUAUCGAAGGAUAUAUGAGGCAACGAUGUUACACUUCUUUUUUGUUAAAAUAUAUAAUUACGAUGAACCGCA